CGUACUCCUUACGCUCUUCUCUCACACACAAACGCACGCGGCAACUGCAGCAGUUUUGAACUAGUUCCCGCUCUUCCCUUCCCUCCUCUUUUUUGAACCCCCCCGUUUGAUUCCCUUUUUUGGGGUCCUAAAACGGUGCUUGUUUGUACCUGUUCGUCGCAAGGGGACCUGGGGCCUGGAGCUUGUCAAAAAGGAACCAUCGAGCUUGUUUUCACUACCAAUACUCCACACAAUCGAGUAUACGUAUACGUACUCCCCGACGUCGUCUCUUCUUCACGUCGAAGCUCAGGUUGGCUGUACCUGGCGGUCGUCGGCAUGGCUUCCCAUCAGCGGGAGGAUACUACGCCAUUCCUUCUGCAGCUUUUCUAUAAGAAUGGGUCAUUUCACAGAACAGACGAGUUCACUUCGAGGAGCCUUCCACCCUUCCUGUCACUCUACACAUGGCCCGACUGUUCCCUAGACGAGCUCGCCGAGCUCAUCACAGCUGAAGACCCGGCGCUGCUACCGAGCCCUUGCGUGGGCACGAGGCUCGCCUUCCGCCUCAUCUACCCCGACACCCGCAAUGCGGCAGCCAACGCGGGAGGGCACCAUCACCACGGACAAGCGCAGGGGCCACGGUUCAUGGUCAAGGACCUGGGGAGCGUGGUGCUCGGGGACGGCACGGCGGAUGCGCUCCUGGCUGCCGACGGCGAGGGGGAGGAGGGGGUAGACGAUGUUGACAUGUCUGGCGCUGCUACUGCCGGCGGCGGCGCCCAACAACCCGACGACGCUGACUCGGCCAAGGACAAGACGCUUAAGGAGGUCAAUUUCGUGGUCGGGGACUACGUCUCGUGCGCUAUACUGCCGCCGCUGCCGGACGGCUCGGUGGCGCCGGCCUUGACUGCGCGGAACGAUAGGGCGGCGGGGCAGUUUGGCGGUGCGAGAGGCCCGAUGGGCGGUCCGCCGUCGCAGGGGUCGCGUCGGGACGCUGGGUUCGGGGGACGGCAGAGCUGGGAUAGAGACCGCCGGCGCUCUGGGUUCGGAGACGGUGGGUUCCCCGAGGGAGAGUGGCGGAGGGGCGAGAGGCUGCCUGAUGACCCACCGGACCGGUCUCGUGGUAGAGGU